GUGAAUAGUUGCCAUAACAGCCAGCGGCUGAGUCAGUUAGUGCAGUGCGAAGUGGCACCAUCGCCACGGGAGGAUCAAGUUUUGUGGGUGCAAUUAUUGGUUCAUUUGAAGCAUCCACCCGAAAAUGGCAGAUACGAGUCAAUCAGAGCAGCCUUCACAGGCCUCUGAACCUCAGACUAAUGGCCUUCCGGAUGGUGUAGAAGAAGACGAAAAAACGAAGAUGCGUCCCGCCGAUAUCGACGCGGACAUGCGAGAAAUGGAACGCAGGAAGAGAGUUGAAAUGAUAAUGAACAGUAGGCUGUUUCGAGAAGAAUUGGAAAGGAUUAUCGAAAGCCAGUUGAAAGACGGAAACGGGCCAGCCGGUUUGCUUCAACAAAUAUCAGAUAUGAUGGGAAUGCAAGGUGGACGUCUGCAGUCUGGAAAUGUUUUCAGAAGU